GGAAUGUAAGAGGCUGAUGACGACAUAGUACAAGAACACGACUCACAGCAGUCAUCUAUUUGGUCAAUAUCAAUAUCAAGUCGUAUUACUUAGCGAUCUGACCAUCGCUGAAACCCAAAUUCCGAAGAAAUGAGACAAACAUCUUUUAUGUGAUAGUGAAAAUUUUCAGUGAUGAGUACGAGUGAAAUGGUAGUGAAAAUGUUCUGUAAUAUAUCUCUGAAAAAAGUGUACUCAAGUUAUUACAAAGAAGUCAGUUAGGUUAAGACAGAUCAUAUAGACCUGACUUAGGUAUGUCAAAAGAAUAAUAUGCAUCAUCCCAAAUCUAUCUACAAUAGAGCAUCACCGAAACCAUCGCUAUGUCCUUUGAACAGAUUGAAACAAACACCAGCAAAAUCAGAAGAAGUCACCAAUGCGGUGAAUUAUCCAGACCAUCAAUAUACCUACUACAAUCUACCACACAACCAAUAUGAGAGCCCCUAUGACCUUUCAAAUAGUCUACAACCAACAUACAAUGAACGCAAGCCAUCAGAAACUAGUCAAUUCCACAAACAAACAAAUCUUUCACAGCAUUUUUACGAAGAACCAUGUCGAAACAAGGCAGAAUAUGAUACACCGAUUCCUCAACCACAAAGCGGCUAUAUGAAACAAAAACAAAUAAACCUUUCCUCAAUAUCCUUAGAGCAGACCUACUGGGACAGAGAGAAUUCUCCUAUAUAUAUGGAAACCUAUGCAGCACUACCAGAACCACACAUAUACCAAGAUACCAACUUCCUACUCGAAAAAUUCACGAAACUAGGAAAAAACAGCCCGAGCCUAGACCAAGGUUAUCACACUUUAGUGUCGCCAAGCUCGGGAUCUACCGUCAAUCCAAUAUGGUCUGACAAGGGAUCGAAUAAAGGAAAAAACUAUAAGAUGAAAAACAAUUCGUUCGAUCAGUUGACAGACGAGAUAAUAUUGAAAAUUUUCACAUUCCUUGGAAGUAAAGAUUUGAGUACUUGCGCCAAAGUUUGCAGAAGGUUCAAUCACAUAGCCUGGACGCCAUGUUUGUGGAGAAGUAUAAAGCUCAAUGGUGAAAAUGUGAGCGGUGAUAAAGCUUUGAAAAGGAUACUAAAGAAAAUUGGAAGUGAAGGCGGAGAUACGGGCAUUUGUCACGGUAUCGAAAGAGUGGAAAUUGUAGAAGGAGCGAAGUUGACAGAUAAAAGCCUUUUUCUUCUUGCUAGGAAAUGUCCGGAUCUCAUGCAUUUGCAGCUUAUAGGAUGUACAGAAAUAACGAAUACGGCUCUAUUUGAAGUAGCUACAAGAUGCCAUAACUUACAACACUUGGAUGUUACCGGUUGUGUUAAAAUUUCAUGUAUUAGCAUUAAUGGUCCAGAUCCUCACUUGAGGCUUCAACUGCAGUACCUAGAUUUGACAGACUGUCCUCAUGUCAAUGAUAAUGAAUUAAGAGUCAUCGUUUGCCAUUGCCCCCAGUUGACAUUUUUGUAUCUCCGCAGAUGCGUUCAAAUAACAGAUAUGGGUUUGAAAUUCAUACCGAGCUUCUGUUCAAAUUUGAAAGAGCUAAGUGUCAGUGACUGCGUGAAUGUGACGGAUUUCGGCCUUUACGAACUAGCAAAAUUGGGAGCAACGCUUAGGUACCUAUCGGUAGCAAAGUGCACCCAAGUUAGUGACGCAGGCCUAAAAGUUAUUGCUAAAAGAUGUUAUAAAUUACGUUAUUUGAAUGCAAGAGGCUGUGAAGCAGUAUCGGACGAUGCAAUAAUCACCAUCGCUCGUUCUUGUACAAGAUUACGAGCUUUAGAUAUCGGAAAAUGUGAUGUCGGCGACGCAGGGCUUCAAGCCCUAGCCGAAAGCUGUCCCAAUUUGAAGAAGAUUAGUUUGAGAAACUGUGAUUUGAUUACUGAUAGGGGUGUCCAGAGCCUUGCUUACUUUUGUAGAGGACUCCAGCAGCUUAAUAUUCAAGACUGUCAAAUAUCGUUAGAAGGAUACAGAGCUGUUAAGAAAUACUGUAAACGAUGCAUAAUAGAACAUACUAAUCCCGGAUUUUUUUAGAAAAAAAAUUAUAUAUAAUACUUUGUAAAUUUUUAUAUGACAAAAUAUAUACAUACACCAAA